UUAGCUCUUCCUGCUGUCGGCAGAGGGGCUAGAGACCACAGUGUGGGGAUGGCCCACCUAGGGGAGGCUCAGAUUGCUGGGGCUGGGCCCUGGGAGUAUCCUGGAUGAAGCUGGUCUGGGGUUGGAGGCCACAGCAGAUCCAUCUUCCUGGUGCUUAGGAGAUGCAAAUGAUGGGAACAAUGGAGCCCUUGUCCCCAGGCCAUUUGGGGCAGAUCCCAGGCUCCAGGGAGGCAAAACUCCUCUGCCUCUGCCAUGGACAAGCUCAGUGGGAGCAGGCCCGGGCUGGGGCCACCGCUCCCACCCCCAAGAUGUGUGGACUCCCCAGGUUGGAGAGAAGAUGCCCCCAGCCCAUCCUUUCUGCCUGCCCCAGGGACCUGGAGACACAAGGCCCAGGAGGAGGACGAGGAGGAAAAUAAGUAUGAGCUUCCCCCCUGUGAGGCUCUGCCCCUCAGUCUAGCCCCUGCCCACCUUCCUGGCACGGAGGAGGACUCCUUGUACCUGGAUCACUCUGGCCCCCUGGGUCCAUCCAAGCCACCCCUGCCUCAGCCCACCAUGCUACACGGAUGCAAGUGGUCCCAUCCUGUCCCAUCUCGCCCUCAGUUUCCUCCCUCCAUCUGCCCUCACCGGCCCCCAUUGUGCCCACAGCUGAAGGGAGGAGUGAGCCUGCCGGCGACCGGGAAGCAGGCACCUGUCUUCGGAAGGCGAGGUGGUUCUCUUCUUUUCCUUCCAGAGCAGGGUGCAUCAUCCAGAAUGGUACCAGGCCUUCCAAAGAAACCUGAUGAGGACCUCUACUUGGAAUGUGAGCCCGAUCCAGUCCUGGCUUUGACUCAGACUCUCAGCUCCCAAGUCCUGAUGGCUUCAGGGCUUCUGCCCAGGGUACCCAGGCCCACAGCCCCCCAGGAAACUUGGAAUGGCGCAGCAGAUGCCACAUCUAAAGGAAGGAAAUUGUCUCCUCCCUCUGUAGCCCCCACUGGGAGCACCUCAGCUGUUGAGGAUGGCGACCUGCUGGCUCAGCCUUGGUACUCAGGGAACUGUGACCGCCGUGCUGUUGAGAGUGCCCUGCUCCGCUUAGAAAAGGACGGGGCCUAUACCGUGCGCCCCAGCUCGGGGCCUCAUGGCUCCCAGCCCUUCACCCUGGCAGUGCUUCUCCGAGGCCGGGUCUUCAACAUUCCCAUCCGGCGGCUGGAUGGCGGGCGCCACUAUGCCCUAGGCCGGGAGGGCAGGAACCAUGAGGAGCUCUUCCCCUCUGUGGCAGCCAUGGUCCAGCACUUCACUCGGCACCCCCUACCCCUUGUGGACAGACACCGUGGCAGCCGGGAACUCACCUGCCUGAGCCUUCCCACCAAGCCCUGAGCCCACAGCAAGGGCUGACACCUCUUCCUGGCCUCCAGGAAUGCAGGUGUCCACCCAACUCACUAAGUCCUGGAUGAAGGAACCGUGGUGGCCUAGACCAGUCAGGGGACAGCACAGGCACUGCUGGAACAGCAAAUAGCGGUCCUCUCACAUCCACUUGGGGUCCUAGCGUACCCUGGGAGGGACUGGCCUACCUUGCACAAGUGUUUCACUUUCAAUAAACAUUUGUGGAAUGAA